ACCCAAAAGACGUUCUGGAUCUCUACUAUAUCUUCUUUAAAAGAAUCCUUCAAAAGAAUCCUUAAAAGUAUUUUAAAUUAUUGAAAGAUCCCUUCAGAUGUUUGAAAGAUGUCUAGUCCUUCGAGAUAUUCUUUAACUUUGUUAUCACGAAUCUGAUAUCCCGGUAAAUACAGUUAUCGACUUUGUAAGCAUGUUUGAUACGACAAACGUGGAAAUUCUUGGCUUAACAGAUUUUUAACAUUAUUAAUACAGCGACAUUUAAUUAAAGUCAUCUAAAAAAUGCAGUUAAUUACUUUUAACAAGGAAGUCUAGCUUGUAAACGCCAUAUACGCGCACGUCAGUACAUUAUGCUCAUGGUACUUCCUGAUUCAAGACGACUUCCACCCUUACCUUAUCCGUAUCGUCGUCUACGCGUACGACCUUGAUGAUCUACCACUUUUGCUACUUUUAAUGUGUUAGUAUUGUGUUUCACAUUUCAUCGCAAACUUUUUAUUUUGCAUGAACUAUAGUUUUCCACUUUUAUAAACGUUAAAAUUGAUUCAACCGUAAGAUUUUUAAAAGGACAACAUGGCGUCGAAAGAAUAUUCAUAAGAUACGCAAAAAAAUUUGUCAUGAUUCGGUGAGAUCUAAAGUCUAUGUUUCAAACUUGGAUGAAAAUGAAGAACUGAUAAAACUGGUAAAUUUAUAAAAAAUGUCGGUGAUAUAUCAAGAAUUUUUCUAAUUAGGUUUAAAUCCACAGCAGAUUGAAAAUUACGAAGCAAAGAUUUGUAUUGUACAUCAAUUACUAAAUUGGGAUAACUGAGGUCAUUGUAUCGACAACAGCAAAAUCGCAAUAACUUUUUUGCGUAUUGUCAUCUAUCUUAUCUGAUGUAUUAACGCGAUAUCAAUGACUCUCCUACCUUUUGUUAAAUUUGAGAUACGCAUAUUUUUCACACACGCAACAUUGUUGUUACGCAGGGAAAACAAAGAGGAAGCGAGCGACGUCGAUUAAAAGUGUAUCUGUGAUUGUCGCGAGAGAAAGAGAUCUUCUUGCGAUCUUCCGUUAAGAUUUAGCAAAAAGCCACAAUGUAAUUUUGUAGAAAGUACGAAUCACACACCCGUCGUGUAAAAUUGAUCACAUGACAGACGGGGAACACAUUUCCGUGCCGUUUCGUAAUCGCGAUAAUCCUAGUCAUGGUAAAAAUUAGUAAAACUCGGUGUGUAAAAAACUCAGGAAAAUUUUAACAUAUUAAAAAAUAAUAUAUACAAAAUCGUUUCAUAAUGAGAAAAAUAAAUUAAUAUGAUCGACUGAAGAUUCGUUAAGAGUGGACAUACGAUAUUCGUACAUCGAGUUACAAGAUUCUGUUAGAGUAAUUAAUAAUACAAAUAAUACGAAGCUCCGUUGAUGGCGACGUUUACGAAUUGAACAGGAACGGAUAAAUAAGCUACUGGGUGGCGUUUCUCGUGCAUCAGCUUGGAUAAAAGUGAAAUGCUCGCUCGGGCAUACUCCGGCAUAGAUAAUUGACUGGAUAAACAUUGCGUUACACAACGCGCAUCCGGUCUUUGUCUCUCUCUUUCGCGCGAGCGAGGAGCGCGUCGUGAUCGCAUGUGUAUCGCGGGACACCCGGUACGCGCGAAAGGUCGAUCUCGGAAUAGUAAAGCGGAGCCUUGGCAAUGCUGAUCUACGCCAUUGCGAAUACCGCCGGGAGGCUGUUCCUUCUUUAUAAAUCUUUUUAUUACAUACACGCCCGCGUAUAUUAAACGCGAAGUGCACGCGACCGAAAUGUGGUGAUUAAAAAUCGCGACAUAACUUUCGCGAUCUCCGGCCGCUAUGGAUCUUUUUCCACUCCUGAUUCUAAUCCAAAUUCGAGAAUCAUAGAAUCUUCUGACUUGACUACGGAACUGCUGACACUCCAGAGACUUACGUACGUCGGUGAAGCUAUAGCGCAGCAUCAGGUCUUCGCUAAAUUUGUAUCAGUCAGCUGAGCGUUGCUAAAAUUAAAUAUCAAGACUGAUUUAUCGUAAUUAUCAAUAAAAAGUUGAAUAGUUGCCUGCUCAGUAUCUUUCCGUAUACUCUUUUUUUAUUUUGAAACAGUAAAGUUUUUUCUCUUUAUAUCUCUCAUACUGAAGCUCAACUACUAUACUAAAUCUAGAUCUAAUUUAAACUACGAUAUGAAAUCAAUUAAACAUUGGAUCAGAUAUUCAAUAUUCGAAAUGUAUUAAUUGUGUACUGAGCAAUUUUUUUUGAGAUGUACUUAUCUUAGACACAAUAAACUCAAUUGCUGUUAUAAACAUUGUUUCACCUCAACGUGUAUGUUAGAGUUAAGGCUGAAGACGUGCAUCGCGUGCGAGAAAGAUUCGCGAAUUUAAAAAACGCAGGAAUUUUCCAGUGCGAAACGCACAGACGCGUCUACGAUGCGAGGAGUUUCCGUAUAAAGGCAGCGCGACCUUAAAUGGCAGCUUGCUGUCGGACCUCUUUUACCACUUUGUGGCGAAAAAACGACCGCGCGCACGUUAACUAGCGGCCGCUGUGAUAUACAAGAGAGAUAUUGAGAAAUAACUAUCAAGUCCGCGAACUGAAAAUUUCAGUCGUCAAGAAAGUUAUAGGACAUUUACGAAAAAUUCGACGUCUUGAGCUUUCGAUCUCUGAAAUUAAUAUGAUCAUAGCUCGCGGGCAUCGGCAGUUGCAUCAGAAAGUUUCCGUUUUCUUUCGCGCGUACCGCUGAUUUCCUGGUUUCCAAGAAGCGCAAUGAAAAUCACGGCCGGCGCGAGGUCGCGAGAUUUAUUUCGGAGAGAGACGGGCGGAAAUAAAUGUUUCAAGCGCAGUUGGACCGCCUCGGUGAGUCAGUGCGACGGCCAACAUGGCGCACGCAGUGACUAGAGUGGUUUUACGCUGCGAAGAGGCACAGGAAAAUGAGAGCCUUGACCUAUCGGAGUGCCAACUCAUGCAGAUCCCAGACGCGGUCUAUCACUUAAUGCGACACACGGAACUGAAGAGAUGCGAUCUUUCCGGAAACGUGAUCACGAAGAUCCCGGCGAAAUUCGCCGUCAAGUUCUCGCUGAUUACCGAACUGAAUUUGAGUCACAAUCAAAUGAGCAAGCUGCCGGAGGAGCUCGCCGAGCUGCAGGCUCUGGAACGACUUGACAUCUCGCACAAUACUUUCGUCACUCUACCACCUGUCGUCUGGCGGAUGCCGCAGCUCAAGCGGCUCCUGGCCAACAACAAUUUUAUCAUCGAAGUCGACGUGGAAAGACUCAGGCACGCACCUGUUCUGGAAUUUGUCGAUCUGCAGGCGAACCCGUUAUCGGCCAGGAUACACGAUCUUCUGAGCACUCUGACUAGGAUCAAAAUCGAGCUGAGUCCUCGGCAGGUAGAAGACUGGGAGAACUUGAAAGUUUGAACAUGAGUGAGAGUAGCCGAUCUUUCGCGAAAGACGGCUGCAGGACGAGACCGUCCUCGCCUCCUCUCGACGAAGAUUGCUCAAGACUUCGCGGACUAGCAGUAGCAUCGACAAUUUUUAUACAGUGAUAACGCGACGGACUGUGUGUGAUAACGGGUAACCGCGCGGAUCGCCAAUCAAUAAAAAGGUCCGCUUGUAUUGUAUUUGUAAAUGCUAUUAGAAUCUGUAUUUUAUUACUGCGGAUCAGCUGUCGAUCUCAUGGAGAAAUCGACCAAUCCCUCGUGUUUCUUUUGUACCGCGUGGAUUUUUAGAUUUUAUCGCGAUACAGACGAACCGUGGAGGACAGCGGUGAUGUUGCGAUACUUCAUUGAAUUCAAGGGUUUCUGCCUCCCAGAAUAUUGAAAUUUUUUUAGAUAUUAGGGACAUUUUUGAAACGGAGAAUCCUUCGUUUUUAAUCUUCGUUUUAAAUCCUUAGAUUCGCAAGAUUUUCCCUAGAACAAAGAUCUCAACAAUUUGAAAUCUCGGAUUCUUUGAGAUUCAAAUUUUUCAAGCAAUAAAUAAGAAAGUUUGCAUCUGCGAAUCCUUGAAUUCUUGAAAUAGCGUGUCGUUCAUGGGCGCAUAUUGUAUCGACGAUAUUUUUAACGUAAUUGUUGUCUGUUAACGCUAUGGACAAUUUACCGCUACGGACUGCCGAUUUAUGUAUACAUACCGCUCUACACUCUUUAAUAUUGAACUCAUUGCACUCGAGUAUUGUGAACAUGACAUACAAUGUAACAUAACGUAACAGAAUGUUACCACAAUGUUAUAUACAAAGUGAUAUUCUACACAUUCAUAAAAUAUUGCGAAAUAAUAAAAAUAUAUAAAAAUAAAAAGCGCGGACUCUACCGUAAAUUACGUACGUUGAAAAGUUCCUUAAUUUUUAGGUGCAUGUUUAAUUUGGAUGUAUAUAUAAAGAAAAGUAUGCAAUAUAAAUUUAUAAAUUUCAAAUGAAGUUGGAUUUUGUAGAAAUCGAGUACAAAGAGUUAAAGAGUGACGAAAGACAGAUACACACUAAUAAAUAGUUACCGUAUGGAUUUGGCGAAGAAAAAUUACAAAAUCUGCCAAUGCAAAUUUGCACGUUUUCGCAAAAUUGUACGGACACAUAAAAUUGUAUGUGUUUUGUGAAUACAACACUGCGAGUAACGGUUACAAUCUUAAAUUUUUUUAGCUUUCUGUACUUUCUUCUUCUUUCCAUCUAGUCAAGCGCCCUUGGAUGUACGGAUUUGUAGAUUUGCAGAUCAAUUUUUACGGGUCUACAAAACUUACAAUAUGUGAAAUCUUUGAUUUGUAGAUUCUCGAUAUCUUAGAUCCAAGAUAUUUGACUAGAGUUCAUAAAUUGUUAGUUUUAUACAUCCAAGGAUCCACAAACACAUUUCAAAACACGAUGCGAUAUAACAGUUUGAAAACACAACUUUUCUUUUCCUUCGAUUAUCUGAUUUCGCAAUAAAUAUUCCUAGUCUACGAACUGAAUGUCCGCAUCUUAGUUACAAAGAUCAUUGUAUUACAAUUUGUAUUCUAAGUCAUAAUCGUCGUAUUCUCGCAAUAUGUCGAAAUGAUUCAUAUUGUGAAUUGAAACACAUAAUGUUAAUCUAAACUUUGUUUCGACUUUUUUUCAAUAAAACUCUCGACAUAUCAGUUAUUAAAAAUUUAUACGAUGACAUUCACGAAUAAACAUAAUUUUAAUGAAAAAUAACACAUUGAUUAUGGAACAGUUGGACAAUUUUAAUCAGAAAAUAAUAUGCAACAUUCUACAAGAUAAAAAUUAAACCUUCGAAAAGUCGUCGUAAAUUAAUUCUAAGUCAUAACUAAUUUUACGAUAUCGUAAGUGUACAGUACUUUCACACAUGUAACACGUUUCAUUAAUAGAAACAUAAGUAGUUUACCUUGAUCCGUUGAGAUAUAUGUAUAUGUACAAGCACAUAUACAGAGUCUGUCAAAGAAUAAUCAAAUUAAUAUCUUCAAAAGUAAAUCAAUCAUAAUAUUUGUAUUAUUGGAAUAAGUAAUCACCAUUGCAAAUCGCAUUAAGAUCAGUUUAUAUCUUCUCCAGUAAUAGGCCUAGAAAGUAAGACAGUUGAGAUUCUAAGCGGAAACAAAUCUCCAAUAACUACAGCUAAUUGUGCUAUCAGAAUAAGUGAACGUUAUAGAAACCGCAUUGACAUUGGAUCACGCGUUCUCGAGUAAUAAGCCCUGAAAGUUUGUCAUGUGACAGACAGGUGUGAAUCCAGGUGAGCGAGAAAAAAAUUUUAAACGUAUAACACUAUUCUCCUAUAAAAAUAAGUCAUCACGAUGGAAACCGCAUUUCCAUCGGAUCACGCAGGAUUCCGAGCAAGCAUGUUCCACAUUAGAUAUUCUAGAUAUUCUGUUCGGGAGAUGCAAUUUUAGCCACAAAAACUUUUACUUGUUUUUUACAUUGUUAUCCAUGUCUCUGCACAACCAGAUUUUGCAAAUAGGCGUGCAUAAAAUUUUAUUCAAACAUAAUAAGUGCUUAUAUUCUUGUACUGCACUACUCAAGCAAGCAUGUUAAAUAUUUUACUAUAUUUUGUACAAAUAUAUCUCUUUUUUUCUCUAUUAUUUACUGCA